CCUAGCGCUUUUCCUUUUGCUUUCCCUUUCCCCCACUCUCCUCCCCAUAUAUAUAUGCGCUCUCAAACACCUUUCGCCCUUAAACCAAAGAAACUCUUAUCUCUUUAGUCGUCCCCUGUCUCUGUCUUUGUCUUUCUCUUAAUGGUCAUGGCUAGCCAAGAAGCAGGACAAGGGAUCAAGCUAUUUGGGACAACGAUUACGUUUCAUGGAAGACAAGUAAAAGAAGAACACAACAAAGCUGAUCAUCCAACUGUGGAUAAGAGGCCAGACAAGAUCAUACCAUGCCCUAGAUGCAAGAGCGUGGAGACCAAAUUCUGUUACUUCAAUAACUACAACGUCAACCAGCCUAGACAUUUCUGUAAAGGUUGCCAGAGGUACUGGACGGCAGGUGGGGCCCUUCGAAAUGUUCCUGUUGGGGCUGGUCGCCGGAAAGCCAAGCCACCGGAUCGUGGUCUCGGUGGGUUCCCGGAAGGGUGCUUGUAUGAUGGGUCUAGUGGGUUGCACCAGUUUGAGUUGGAGGAAAUGGUUCUGGAUGAGUGGCACGUGGCGGCAGCGAAUGGUGGUUUCCGGCAAGUUUUCCCGAUGAAGCGGAGGCGGAUAAGCUGCUCAGAAGAAAUGGAGAAUCAAUGAUUAAUCAAAUGAUCGUGCUUUGAAAUUUAAUUAUGAGAAAUGUGCUAUUCGCUUGAUUAUUGGGGUUCAUGUGGUGUGUCAGUAGGCCAAAGUCAACAUACCGAUCGAUAAGGAGCCCAUGAUCCAGUUUAAUUAAUCAAAAUUCAAGAUCACCGGUGAGUUGAUCAAGGGAUAUGGAUGCAGAAUCAUUAUCUUUGAUUAUAUAUGUGCUAUAUUGGACGGAUAAGAUAGGGCAGAGAAUAGCAAAUAUUCUUCGGACAAAGGGUUCACGUAAGCUAACGUAAAUGGAACG